UGUUUUAUUUUGACAGCUGUGACCGGAAGCUCUGCCUGAAAUACUUGCUAGUUUGACACGAGCCCCUAUUUAGAGUGCUCUGGGAGCACAGAGAGCUUAGUGUGUGUAUGUGUGUGUGUGUGAGAGUUGUUGGCUUCCUGCUGCUGCUCGGUGUCCGCACACCGUCCGUCUCGUUAGUGUUGAUCGGCUCACCAUGGCGGAAGGACGCAGAGAACAGUCGCCUCAUCCUCUUCUUUCGGUACCACCGGCCAGCAAGCGACCCUGCCUUCGCCCAGCACCCCGAGGUCCCGGGCCGGGGCCCGGCCACGGCAGCGGGUUGCCCAGCUCCCGGUAUCGUUCUCCCGAGUCUCUUCUGGACUGCGCUGCUAAAGCAGUAGCGGAAAAGUGGGCCUUCGAGAGAGUAGAGGAGCGCUUCGAACGGAUCCCGGAGCCCGUCCAGCGCCGCAUCGUCUACUGGUCUUUCCCCCGCAACGAAAAGGAGAUAUGCAUGUACUCGUCGUUUCAGUGCCGAGUCGCCGGGGAGGAAGGUCCGUCGGCGACUCCCGGUGGGGUUGGGGGUGCUGGUUCCGGAGCUACAACCGCCGGUGGCGGUGGAGGAUCUGCCGCCGGUACAACAGCUACCGUUGGGGCAGCCGGGGCAGUGGGGACGGGAGACGGACUGCCUUUCCGUCGGGGUAUCAGACUGCUAGAAACCGGUUGUGUGGAAAACGUUUUACAAGUCGGAUUUCACCUCAGCGGCACAGUGACCGAACCCGCCACAUCGUCUGAGCCGGAGGUCACCCACAAGGUAGCCAUCAGCUUCGACCGGUGCAAGAUCACCUCUGUCACCUGUGGCUGUGGGAACCGAGACAUAUUCUACUGCGCGCAUGUCGUGGCGCUCUCACUAUAUCGGAUUCGCAAGCCCGAACAGGUGAAGCUACGGCUGCCUAUCUCAGAGACUUUGUUCCAGAUGAACAGAGAUCAACUACAGAAGCUGGUGCAGUAUCUGAUCACAGCCCACCACACCGAGGUGCUGCCCACUGCUCAGAAACUGGCCGAUGAGAUUCUCUCUUCCAACUCUGAGAUCAACCAGGUCCAUGGUGCCCCGGACCCAACUGCAGGCGCCAGCAUUGAUGAUGAUAACUGCUGGCAUCUGGAUGAAGAUCAAGUCAGGGAGCAAGUCAAGCAGUUUCUGUCGCAGGGAGGUUACUACGGCUCUGGGAAACAGCUCAACUCCAUGUUCGCUAAGGUGCGAGAGAUGCUGCGAAUGCGGGACUCCAACGGUGCCCGAAUGCUAACGCUCAUAACGGAACAAUUCAUGGCAGACCCCCGACUGUCACUAUGGAGACAACAAGGCACAGGCAUGACGGACAAGUGCAGGCAGCUUUGGGAUGAGCUGGGUGCAUUGUGGGUGUGUGUGGUGCUAAAUCCUCACUGUAAAAGCGAGGAGAAGAGUGGUUGGUUGAAGCAGCUGAAGAAGUGGGGCGACAUGGACAUCUGCCCACUGGAGGACGGCAACUAUGGCAGCGAACUUCCCAACAUUACCAACGCUCUGCCACAGAGCAACCUCGCCCAGGACUCUCUGUCCAGGCCGCGGAGGACUGUGUUCAGUCGGGCUGUCGAGGCCUGCGACCUCCACUGGCAGGACAGCCACCUGCAGAGGAUCAUUAGUAGCGACUACUACAUGUCUCCGUCCUACCAAAGAGAAGGGGAGAGCCUGCUGUUCAGCCCGCAGGGCCUGCCACUCUGGCUAGACCACGUCCCAACGGCAUGUGCUCGCGUCGACGCCUUGCGCUCACACGGUUAUUCCAGAGAAGCCCUGCGAUUGGCCGUCGCCAUCAUCAACACCCUCCGCCUACAACAGCAGAGGCAGAUGGACAUCUACAAACACCAAAAGAAAGAACUUCUCCAGAGGGGUGUUACCUCCACCACUAACCUGGAAGGCUGGGUGGGCCAUCCAUUAGACCCGAUUGGCUGCCUGUUUAUCACGCUCACAGAAACGUGCCGUGUUGAUGACGACAACACCAUGGACACUGGAGACUGUGACCCCAGACCUCCAGUUUACCAUCAUGUGCCAGUGUGGGGCAGUCCAGAUGCAGGGGAGUCCUACUUGACUCUGGCCUUAGAGGUGGCUCUGAUGGGUAUGGGUCAGCAGAGGAUCAUGCCCGAGGGACUGUAUGCCCAGGAUAAGGUGUGUCGUAAUGAGGAGCAGAUUGUUGCAAAGCUUCAGGAACUGGAGCUGGACGACCUAUUGGUUCAGACCCUCCGGAAGCAGGCCAUACAGCUACUAGAAGCUGGCCCAUUCAGCGGUCUGGGUGAGGUCAUCCACAGGGAAAGUGUUCCAAUGCACACCUUCGCCAAGUACCUGUUCUCUGCCCUGCUGCCGCAUGACGCAGACCUGGCUUAUAAAGUGGCUCUCCGCGCCAUGAGGUUGCCGGUUCUGGAGUCAUCGGCGGGCUCUGGGGAUGUCGGCCACCCUCAUCACGGUAUCUCCAUAGUUCCGAGCAGAUACCCACGCUGGUUCACACUGGGCCACCUGGAGUCACAGCAGUGUGAGCUGGCUUCAACCAUGCUCACUGCUGCUAAAGGCGACAUGUUGAGAUUGCGGACGGUGCUGGAGGCCAUCCAGAAAAACAUCCACUCCUCUUCCUUAAUCUUCAAACUGGCCCAAGACGCCUUUAAGAUAGCAACACCCGCAGAGAGCCCACCCGAUAUAACCCUGCUCAACGUGGCGCUGGAGCUAGGACUGCAGGUGAUGAGGAUGACUCUGUCCACUCUGAACUGGAGGAGGAGAGAGAUGGUUCGCUGGCUGGUAACCUGCGCCACUGAAGUCGGUCUGCGGGCGCUGGUGAGCAUCUUACAAAGCUGGUAUACUCUGUUCACGCCCACCGAAGCCACCAGCAUUGUGGCGGCCACCGUCAUGUCCCAUAACACCAUCCUGCGCCUCAGCCUCGACUACCCCCAGCGGGAGGAGCUUGCAAGCUGCGCAAGGACCUUGGCCCUGCAGUGUGCCAUGAAGGACCCACAGAACUGCGCCCUGUCAGCUCUGACGCUCUGCGAGAAGGACCACAUCGCCUUCGAGACGGCCUACCAGAUCGUGAUCGACGCGGCGUCGACGGGCAUGACCUACUCGCAGCUGUUUACCAUUGCGAGGUACAUGGAGCACAGAGGAUACCCCCUGCGGUCGUUCAAGCUGGCCUCGCUGGCCAUGACACAUCUCAACCUGGCCUACAACCAAGACACUCACCCAGCUAUUAACGACGUGCUGUGGGCCUGUGCGCUCAGCCACUCACUGGGGAAGAAUGAGCUUGCGGCUAUUAUUCCGCUGGUGGUGAAGAGCGUGCACUGCGCCACAGUGUUGUCUGACAUUCUACGGCGGUGCACUAUGACUGCGCCGGGUCUCGCUGGAAUUCCUGGGAGAAGGAACUCUGGGAAGCUGAUGUCCACGGAUAAGGCACCGCUGCGCCAGCUCCUGGACGCCACGAUCUCGGCGUAUAUCAACACCACGCACUCUCGGCUGACGCACAUCAGUCCACGGCACUAUGGAGAGUUCAUAGAGUUCCUGAGCAAAGCGCGGGAGACUUUUCUGCUGGCACAGGACGGACACAUUCAGUUUGCCCAGUUUAUAGACAACCUGAAACAGAUCUACAAGGGCAAGAAGAAACUGAUGAUGUUGGUCAGGGAGCGCUUCGGCUGACCUUACUGACCUUCUCUCACAGAGACCCUCUUCUUGGGGGAAGCAGUUACACUUCUGUGUUUCUAAUUUAAGUUUUAUUUCUUUUUAUUUUCACGUAUUUUGAGCCAUUUGCUGACUGAGGUUUUAUCCCGUUGUUCUCUUUCUUGAAUGUGAACCAGGAAGUGUUCGCAGUACAUUGCUCUACUUCAUUAAGACUGCAAAAGGGGGGGAAAGGUUUGAAAAACUAGAAAAACAAAGCAUUUUGCCCUCCUACUAAUGUUAAAUUUAGUGUUUAAAAAAAGGAAAAAAAGUCAAAAGAAUGUGACUGCAAAAGCAAAACAAACUUUAGUUUUGUGGGGGUACAUGAUGAUAUGAAAACCAAAUGAUUUAGCUGUAUGUACUGUUGAGCCAGAAGAUGCUUUCAGCUGGGGUUAAGAAGAAGGAGAGGUUUUCAGAGUGGAAGAAGCAUGUUAUUCCCAAAAAAAAUCCACUGAGGUCAAAAACACACAUAGUGUUAUUGUCAUACCUCGACUGUACUGUCAGCUUUAACUUCUUGAUCAGAAAUGGCCUCUUUGUUUCAUUCAGGGCAUUUUAGAGUAGAGAGGGCAGAAUACAGAACUCCCCAUGUGGUCUCUCUGUGGGGGAAGUCAGUACCUGCAGAUUUAAAAACCUUCACCUGCUGGUUUCUGACAAAUAUCUAAAAUAGGAAGUCCAACGAUGCUUCACAGAGUGUGUGUUUUUAAAUCCAGACGUCUGACAGUGACGUUCAGGCUGCUGCUUUAGCUAAGGUAGGGUAGUCGAGUCUCUAUAUAUAAAUACAGUAUAUCUGUUAUGCCCUCCUAUAAGCUUAUUUACAGUGACAAAAUACAACUGUGAGAACCGGUGGAGUCUCAUCCACUGCACUGCUCUUCAGCUAUUUGUGGCCAAAACCUUUUAAACGUGCAAGACUCCAGCACCCACUUUACCAUCACUACAUUGAGAUUUAGUCAGCAAGCAAUAUAAAUCAAGCCUCUGCUUCGUUUUUAUCACUAAAAACAAGUUCACUUUCUGGUGUUGUGCAAAGAAGCGUUGGAACCUGUUGGGGCCUCGUUGAUUUCACUGACUGUUAGUUCUGCAUGUCGCCGAAGUCCCUUUUCCAUCACAAGAACUGGAAAUCAGAUGCAUUACCUCAAAGGAAUGCAUCCUCACCUGGUUCAUGAUGCUGGCUCAGUAAUCCUUAAAACCGCAGAAUGAAGUUUGAGUUCUGUGGUCAUGUGUCUUAACCAACAUGAAGUGCAUUUCUUGUAGAUGUCACCAUGCUAGUUUUGCUAAGUUGGGCUUAGACACAUCUGCAAAUGUUUCCUUUGGCAUCAUGUCUCAUUGUGAAAUUUGGCUUAGCAAUUGGUUUUUAACUGCAAUCAUUUCAGCUCACUAUUUGAAUGGGUUUAGUCACCAGAAGCACCUGUUUAGGUUUAGAUGAACAUCGUGGUCUGGGUUCAGAUACCUCCACUAACAACACAUUCCACUUUGAAGCAAAGUACUAAAGGCAGAGAUGCCAAAGGUUCGAUACAGAACAUACUGGGAGUAAGAGCGUGUAGUGACAUGUUGUAGUAAGAACACGUCUCACAUUAUUCAUUAAUUAACAUACAGUUUAAUUUAUGCAUACAGUAAAUGUGACAUGCCUGCAAUGACUAUGUCUACACAGAGCCGCCACAGUGUCACUUUAUCAGAAACUAGCAGUGUUAUUUAUGACAAAUUUGAAAGGGACUUUAAAUGGGGUUUGAAAAAAUAAUGAAAAUUUAAUACAAUUUAGCCAAGUGGGUGGGAGGAUCCAUCUAUCCAUCCAUCCAUGCAGUUUCAUAACAACUUGUCCACUUCAGGUUUGCCGGGUUGCUUGAGCAUAUCCCUGCUGUCAUGAGUGAUAGAUGGGGCACACCCGGGACAGGUCGCACUCAAAUUCACACUAACUGCUAUUUCAGGAUGACCAAUUAAUGUCUUUGGACUGUGGGAGGAAGCCACACCACCCAGAGAGAACCCAGGCAACAGAGAACGCAUAUAAUGUGCUAAUGUCAGUGUGCCGUUAGCUUAUUAUUGCUGCUUGAUGAUAAAGAGAUUUCAAUAAUUGUAUAAAAUUUUAUGAUUAUAUAUAAUAAUUUAACCAGAUGUGACCCUCUUUGGAUGAGAGCAGGAAGUUGCUUAUGCUAGCACUGGCUAGCUAGCUUGGUUUAGCGGCAUGCAUUCAUUAAAAUGAAAACAAAAUCUACUCCCCAGAAUCUUUUAGUCCAAGCAAAAUUUAAAAAAAAAAGAAAGACUAGAGUUGCAACAGACUAAUUUUAAAUGUAAUAUUUGGCUUGUUGGGUAUUUUAUCGUGGAUCUGCAGUUUGUUGCCCCACUGCAUUGGCGUCAUUAGUUAGCUUUGUUUUUAGCUUACUCUGCUGGUCCCACAUUCAAUUCAAUUCAAUUUUAUUUAUAUAGCACCAAAUCACAACAAAAGUCGCCUCAAGGCGCUUCAUGGACAAAAAUAUUAAAGGUAUUCAAGUAGUGUGUUCAGAACCACUGAAAACCUAAAUAAACAAAAUUAAAAAGACAUAAAUGUAAAAUGUUAAAUAUCAGGUGAGCAGCAGUAAAUAGACUAGCCCCGUCAUCUUUCCUUCAGUUUCUCGGUCUUGUGAUGGAAAAGACGCAAAGUCACCUGUGAAAGCUGCUGGUCAUGAUCAUCAUCAACAGUGAAGAUGAGUCCUCCUUGACUUUCUCACAGGGCUGCAGUGCAAACUCAAAGACUAGAGUUUACUUGAUGACUUCAUUGUAUGUAUUUGAGACCACAUAUCUUGGCACAGGAAGCCGUUUUCUCUUUAUGGGGGAUCUCCACACCCCCUUUUUCUUACCCAGUGGCAAAGUGUUGUUGUUACCAGCAGUAAUGCAGUACAGAAAGAGCUUGAAUCUUUUACUGGUCAGACUUAAUGUCAUCGUUUAAAGCACUUCACACGAAUACCUCUUCAGUGCGUUCCUGCCUGCUUCAGCAUUUAUUUAUUGGUAGAACACUUUUUGAAUGGAGGAACAUUUUCCUGUCUGCUUUUACAUUCCACAAGAGCUACCUUCACCCAAAACCUGGGUAGUCAGUCACAACUCUGGGCCUUUACUUUCUUUCUCUCUGUCUUUUUUUGUUUUGUUUUUGGUUUUUUUGGAUCUGAAGAAAUGCAGAUAGAAGAAUGGGAAUGAAAAAAGGAAAACUGAGCAAAAAGAAGAGAGGCUAAACUCAGUUCUCAGGGACACCACUUAAAGAAACAAAACAAAAAGUAGUAGCAUUUAGCAUUUAAGAUAUUGUAAAUACUAAAGUGUCAAUUCAAAAAAUUGUAAAGUUAUAAUUAUUUAUGAUGUAUGUUAUGGUUUUGUUCUUUGUUUUUAUGAUUUUGACGGGGUGUACUUGAAUUGUUUUGGACAGGGGUGUUUGACAACUUUUUUUUUCCCUUUUUUGUUUUGUAAGAGCAAAGACUUCAAGGCAUUUCUCAGGUGCUCCUGUGUACAUUUCUUUCAGUUUUUGUUUUUUGGCUUUUUUUUUUUCUUGCUUU